GGACCUCAUUGCCUCAUCUGUACCUCGCCUGCGCGCGCAAGACUCGAGAGCAUCAAUCCGCGAUCAUGGCCGCCCUCUUUCGUGCGAAGAAGCUCGAUCUGGGCUGCUUCGUAAACAACAAAAUCAUCCGCGACCACAGCAAGCGAAAAGUCUUCGAGGAGAAUGAAGUUCAGCGACAAGCACUCCGCUACCUCAUCCGCAACACAUCCCUCCCCCAACGUAUCCGCGCACAAGCCCAGCUCCAACUCUCGCAAAUGCACUGCUAUACCCGACCGACGCAGAUCAAGAGUCGAUGUAUGAUGGGAGGUAAAGCGAAGGGUGUCUUUUCGGACGUCAGGAUGGGAAGGUAUCAAUUCCGUGUGAAUGCGCUCGCGGGAAAGAUUCCGGGAGUUAAGAAGGCGCUCUGGUAAAGAUUUUGGGUCAUGAUUGAGGAAGAAGAGGUGAUGCGGGAGAUCGGAGUCGGCAAGAUCAUUGACGGGGAUGUGGAUCUUGAUGAGCCAAUGAAAUACUGGGCCAACUCCGACAAUCUGCUUAGCUGGCCAGUGAGCAAUAUCGGAACACAAUCAUGAAAGAUCGAUGAAAUGAGGUAUACACCUCCCCCGUCUCGUUGGCUGAGCCCGUCAAACCAGACAGCGACAAGAGACUGCCAUCCACUUUCCGCGAACACAGCGAUGUGUCUCUUCCUAAAUGCGAAGAUAUGAGACAGGUUAUGGG